AUGGCUGAGCGUGCCAAUAUUACCAGUGCGCGCGUCAAGCGUGCAGACUUGGCCAGUCGCUCAAUGCCCAAUUUCCGUCACACCCGUGCUGCAUUUUCCAGUUCUGACUCCCCGCCAUCUGAACCCAAGCAGCGCAGACUUCAACGUGCCCACCAUAUCAACGAACCCCCGCUACGCCACGCCUCGCCAGACCCCGCGCCUCUACGCCGUGCCUCACUGGUUCCGCCCCAAGCAACCACCUCAACCCCAACAGCCGCCACAAGUGUGCAUGCCCGCCGUGGUCGCCUCUCCGCGCCAACCCAGAGCGACGCCCAGGCCUAUACCCAAUCCAAGCCGUCCGCGUCUUCGCCCAACAUCGAUCGCCGCAGUCUCUUACGCCGCCCCUCGGCGCCCGCCAUGAUGCCAGGCAAAUCCAAUGCCUUGGAACAAGCCUCCAUGGCCUUUCUCCUUCACCCUGAUUCCCAUGCAAGCCGGUCUCGUCCUUCAACCUCCCAGUCCCGGGCCGCAAGAGCAGAAGCCCGUAGCCUCAAGGCCCGGUCCAUGAUCAACAUGCGGUCGGCCCCGCAUAGCCGUACCGCCAGCCGCCCCCACAGCCCCGUCGACUGGGAGAACAUGGCCCCAUACCACCGCCCCCGCUCUAGCCAUCGCUCCCCCGAGCAGCAGAGCAGUCACAUCACCUCUAAACAAUUUGAGGCGCUCUCUGCCCUCCAAUCCCAGCGCGAGCAACGCUUCAGCAAAGAACAAGCUUUUGAGCGUCAAGGCUGGUCCGAGCUCAAUCGCCGGGCCCAAGAACACAUGCUUGUACAGCGAUCUAUGGACGAUGGCCUCUUCUCCGACCGCAACUUUGUCUCGCUCCCGGCCUCUCCGACUCGUGCCCGCUCUCGCUCGCCCAGCCCAUAUCCUUGGGCCCAGCUUGGUAGCUCCCAAGCCAACAGCCGAUCCGCCUCACUCGCCGAAUCGGACCCAUCCUCGCCGUCCCCUUCAAACUCCCCCUCGCCUGUCCGUUAUCAACCAACAACCAGUUCCUCAACAACCGGGCCCCAACCCCCGUCAACUAAUGUGCGCGACGCCGCGUCCGGCUCGAGCGAUACUGCGAGUCGCUCCCGCCGUCGUUCGCGUCACGCGUACGUGACUUCAAGCCCCAUGACACCAGAACUAUCACCCGGCAUUGCCGCGCUCAAUCGUUUACAAAGCCCCGCCAUGCUCUCGUCUACUGAUGCGCGCUCGACCACCUCCAAAUCCUCAUCUCCCUCGGAACUUUUACCUCGUCAUCGCUCUUCCUCCUUGGAGGACGUGUCAGGCCAUGCGCUCUCGCAGGAGGAACGCCGGAGCCGCAUGACAUUCAAGAGCGUUCCUGCUAGUCCUAACCUUGCUCGUCGCGGCUCCAAAUCGCUACAGCCUCAUCCCCCCAAUCGCGCUAGCGCUACACCCAGUGAUGCUGGCAUCGAUCAGUGCAGCCCAGGGACUGAACGCCCACAUCAACCCGAGCCUCCUCGUCGACCGCGACCCUCUGGCUCUGCACGCGCCACCCGUGUGGCCACAUCCUCGCGCCGACGUAGUCUGCCCACGCCACCUCGGACGCAACUGCCCACGCCCACGCCCCUUAGUGCGCUCGGUCGUGGCUCCAGUCAGUCAAUCGGUGACAUUGAUCUCGGCAGGCAUUCCCCCUCGGGCUCUUCGGACCACAGCCGUCGACCACGGUUUCGCAGCGACCCCACAACGGUGCAGCUCGACGUACUGGGCGAAUCACCACUUGAUGCUCGUGCGGAAGCCCCCGAGCCAAGCGUCUCCCCCUCCGAUCAUGUCCUUGUUCAACCAGCUGAACGUGCCUUGCAAGUCUGUGAGGGCUACCGUGCAGCACGAAAUCUUCUCAAAAGUCAAUCGCAAUGCAGCUUUACCCGUGCAUCCGUCCUUCAAGACUUCAAUCCAGAGGAGUGCUUCCGCACGGCGCUUGAGCAGAAAAGUGGCUCGACCACCCGCUUGGGAGGCGAGACCUGUGCUGAUUUGAUCGAAGACUGAUGCUCCCUGCCGUGUGCAUUUGCCUACUUUGCCUGUUUCUGGAUGAUACCACGCACCCCUUGCUUUAUUCCUCCAGGUGCACUUGAUAGCUUUAGAUAAGGGCGCAUAUCGCCAUUGUGUUUUAUCACAUACAUACACAC